AAUAUAGGUAUGUAGUUGGCAAUUCGAGCGAACUAGGGCGGUGGAAUGCGUGCCACGGACUAAAGAUGGAAUGCCACAACACAUACCCCACAUGGAAGGGAGUGGCAUAUAUCUACAACGUGUGGAAUAAGGACAUUGAGUGGAAGGCUGUCAAGCGAAGUAUCACUGACUGUGUCAAGCACAUGGCCUGCAACAGGCACGACGGUGCUUGGUGGCAGCCUGGAGACAACCAACGCUUUGUGGCCGAGGGACAUGAUGUGUUCAGUGAUGUGGAUGUGCCACAUAUCAUCGAAGCAGACCUCGCACGCCAGAACGAGGCCAGUCGGGUCAGCGAGGAGAAGAAACGCGAGGCGGAGGAAGCCAAAUCGGUGUAUGUGAACUUUGAAGUGGAGAACGGCUUCGCAUCGGUUGGUGAGACUUACUAUGUGGUGGGUAGUUCACCGGUACUUGGUGAUUGGAACCUUGCGCAUGGAGUGGAAAUGAAGUGUGUGGAGUAUCCCAAGUGGGUGGCUGAGGGUAUCAGAUUCUAUGACGUGUGGGAUCAGACCAUCCAGUGGAAGGCAGUACGCGCCAACAGUCGACACGACGCACAGGCGCACUACCAGCCAGGCUUUGACAACCAAAUCACCAUCACCGACCGCUCACUGACAUCCACAUGCGAUCUCGGGCCCAUCCUGUUGAAGGAAAUCGAUCACUUGCGCGAGCAAGUAUCAAAUAUGGAGAAGUUCGGUACCCCACAACGAUGUGUGGUGUGCAAACACAAUCCACGGGAGAGCAUCACCACUAAUACGUCAGGAGUAGAGUAACUCAAAUAGGAAUCACCUCCGAUGUCUGUUAAGGCGAGAGCACAGACCACUACAUUUCUAUACACAAUUCUACGCAUGAAGAUUGGGUUCGCAUAGGCGCGUACUCCGUGAAUAAACGUUUAAAUAUACGGACGAAUGUAUGGACUAUAAAAUAUUGCGUAGUGAUAAGAACUCGCAUGUUACAGACGUGACAUAACUCGACUCAUGCAUCAGUAAAGCAACCCGC